AUGCGCCUCACCCUGCAGGCCGGCCCGCAGCUGACCUUCCAGGUCGACGUGGACCCCGAGCACACGGUGAGAGCCCUCAAAGAGAAAAUCGAGCUGCAGCAGGGCAGGCACGCCUUUCCAGCGGCGCAGCAACGGCUGCUGUAUGCCGGCCAAGUCCUCCAGGACGGCGCUGCUCUCAAAGACUACCACCUGGAUGAGCACACAGUGGUAGAGGUGCUGCUGGCCGAGCCCAGCGCAGCUGCCACUGCAGGGCCGGCCGUGCCCAGGGCCACGGCCACCAGCAUGGCCACAGCCACCAGCACGGCCACGGGCACAGACACGGCCACAGCCACCAGCACGGCCACGGGCACAGACACGGCCAUGGGCACAGGCAGGGGCGAGCAGUCACAGCCUGCCCCCUCUGCUGCCCUGGCGUCCAGCCCGUGGGCAGCUGCAGCUCAGGCCCCAGCGCCUGGCCCUGCCUGGGCGGCCACCUCCAACAUGGCGUCUGCCCAGCCCGCCGCACUCGCUGCCCCUGCGCCUGAGCCACCUGCACCACAGGAGGCACCCGCGCCAGGUGCCGCCCUCCCAGCAGCCAGCGACGAGGCCACCGCAGGACCCUUGUCCGGCCCCACGUCCUGGGAGCACGGGGCAGGUGCCCUGGUGUCAGGCCCAGCCUACGAGCAGUCCAUCACGGACCUCGUGUCCAUGGGCUUUGAGCGACGGCAGGUCCUGGCAGCCCUGAGAGCCAGUUACCACAACCCUCACCGAGCCGUGGAGUACCUUCUCGAGGGAAUCCCUGCACACACAGAAGGGCGGGCCGCGCACCAGCCCCCUGCAGCCGCGGGCCGCAGAGCUGCUGGCUCACCAGCAGACGCUGCGUGGACAGCGGCGGCAGAGGCUUUGGCAUCUUCUACCAAACACCUGCUGGACUUUCUCAAGACUGGCUCUGGCCCUGCAGGCCUGGCUCAGGGCCAGCAGGGCUCCAGCGAGCUGACAGCCCAGGAGCUAGAAGCUAUCGACAGGCUGAAGGUCCUGGGCUUUCCUGAAGCACUGGUGAGGCGAGCGUAUCUAGCUUGUGACAAGGACGAGGAGCUGACGGCCAAUUUUCUCAUCGAGCACUACCUGCAGGAGGACUAA